GGCAUGAGACAGUCGCUUGCGCUCAACUUCGAAGAAUCUCCACCAGGCCGUCCUAUGUUCGAGAUUCUUUCGCGUGACCGCUCAGAUUCGUGAGUUACAUUCACAAGAUGAUGUGUGCCUUAGUCUGGAGUAGUUUGACUUUUGGGGCAUACCUGUAACAACAUGAGCUACUUGUGGGCCUGCGGCCUACGAUCUCCGACUCAUUUUCCCUUCCCGAUUGAGUAUACUGACAACUUCCAGUCUGGAGGUUCAGUGUUCGUCGCCCAUGCCAAUUCCAAACACAGCCACGCUAGAGCCUUCUCAUUCAUCAAACCUACUCGCCGGGACGAUUCCAAUCUCGCCAGGCCCGAUGCAGAGGGCUUUCGAGUUGGAUUCAGUUGACACGUCUCUUUCCCCACCCUUGAGUCCGGCACCGUGUGAUCUACUUCCUACGCCCAUGCCUGGAACGAACCUCACUUUCGAGGACAUCCCAACUAACCAUACCGUGUGCUACUCUGACAAUCGUCAUGCGCAGGAAUCUUCGGACUACUUUCCUCUGGUGAAUAACGGAGAUACCACUGAGCAUGUCGAAACUACCCAAGGUUCUUAUGUAGUUGACAGACGCCACUCCGACCAGGAGAUCCAUGGACGACGUCCUCUUCGUCUCGAUGACCAGGAUAAGACUUCCGGAACAACCACCCACCGUAGCGCAGACAGUUGCGCACCGAAUGAGAACGAUUCUCCGGCUCAUAGUGUUGAGCAUCUUGAGCAUCGCAUGAACAUCACGCAUAUCGUCUGGGAAAAAUCCGCCUCACCUUCAUUGACUUCUGUCGACUUGGGCCCGCGGCAGAACAUCUGGGGCAAUCAUAACGGCCUGUACGACGGCACCGGCUACGGUGAGACUCGUGAGAACAUGAUCAACACUUCAAUGCAUAUCAAUGAGUCUGGACCAACAUCGGUCGAAUUCGCCCACAACCACUUGAAUCAGAAUGUCGAAGUGGAUGUCGAGCCGGUCCGAAUCGAGGAAGUUGUUUUGGAGGCUGCUCAUCCUCGAGCUGAGGACGAGAGCCUAGAGGAAGUCAUGCAAGCCUAUACCACCCUUCAACGCAAGAGCCAAGCUAUAUUCCACGACAUAGAGCUGGUAGAUAGCGAUCUCGUGGCAGAUGCCGGCGAGAAAGUGCGCAGCUCAUGUGUGUAGGUGGUAGGGAUCUGACGGUCUCCGUGCCGAGUUCCCUCACAUGGUAUCCAAAGAUGGUAUAAGUUGGAUAUGGAGUACGAUCAUGCAGGUGGAUUUGAUCAUUCUUUCUAAGCAGACUUUACUUCAUAGAUUCACGGCAGCAG